UCUCCAGAGGGAACCUGUGGUGGAAGAAUUGGCUGCAAGUGCAAGGGCAGCGGCUUUGGCGAUUGCUGCUGUGACUCAGAGUACUGCGGCAGCAGUACAGCGCACUCCAGCGCAGGCUGCCAAUCUAGCUUUGGUACCUGCACAGUCUCCGACAUCUCUUAG